GAAGCCCUCAGUGUGGGUCCGGAGUCGGUGGAGUCAAACAAAAUUGCUAAGUGGAAGGAGCGACUUGUGGACUCAGUUAUGCUUUUCUUUGCCGCUUUCAGCUUCUGGGGCCUCUUCCUAGUCUUCUCUUUAUGGCAUUUCCUAUUCUUAUUGGCCCCAGUAACCUCGCCCGUCUCCUCAUUCCCUUCAUCAAGAUUUGCUCUCACAACCAGAAGAGGUCGCGUCUCUGCCAGUCCUGGCUCUCUGCUACUCCAGCAGGCGGAGCGUGAUGAUACAGAGGUGAUAAUAUGGACUCCACCAGAAAUACAAGCAACACUACCAAGGUCACACGAAACACCGUUUAAUCCACUACCAACGCCACCAGGAACAGAACAAACAUCAGGACGUCAGGCAUCAUCAGUUCCACAAACAGCCGUAAACACCCAUACAACACCAACACUAGAACCGUACCACUUAAAGACAACACACGAAGGUACUAAAAUAUGGAACACGGUAACCAGAGACUCCGCACAAGAGCCAGUACUCCCUUCUGACGAGUACUUGCACGCAACGAGUAUUAUGCCGACAGGAGCGAGACAGAAGAGAGAGAGGAGCGGAUGGUUACUGAGCGAGGCAGAGACAGCAUCCCUGGUGCUGCUACUGACACAGGUGGUACACCAGGAGCUGACGGGCUGUGCCCUGGUGGUGGCCUACGACCCGCCUUACCACCAGUCAAGCCUCCUACACCACCUGCUGCGUCUUCCUCACCUCAGACAGCAGGUGGUUGAGGUGAGGGCACUAGAGGACCUGGCCAGGUUGGUGUGGAGGUCUACGCAAUGUCAAGGCUACCUCCUCCUUUUCAAGGACCCCGCUCCCCUCGCGGCCUUCGUCGACGUCGACGAGGACUCCUGGGACUACCACGGCAGGUUCGUGGUUGUGGGGACGACGAAGGAUCAACUGCAGAGCCUCGCUCUCUCGAAGAAAGGGGCCAAGACAGAGCACCUACUCGGGCUGGUCAAGUCGUGGCGAGAGGGGUCGUGGGUGGUGUACACGAAUAACCUGUACCGGAAGAGCCCCCUCCGUCGUCUCACCACCUGGAGGAGCACCUCUUUCACGACCUCCACCACCACUCUCUUCCCUGACAAGCUGGCCAACCUCCGGGGCUCCCUACUCAAGGUGUCAACAUUCGAGUGGGAGCCAAGCGUGUUGUAUUACCGUGACGUGACCGGCAAGUUACAGUUUCCUUAUGGCAUUGAUAUCGAGGUGGUCAAUGCCCUCUCCAGCGUCAUCAAUUUCACUGUUGUCUUUGAAGAACCUCCUUCGGGUGAAUUCUGGGGAGUAAUGAGCGAAAACGGGUCUUGGUCUGGCAUGAUGGGGAAACUAUUUAGGAACGAGGCGGACCUCGGAGUGGCCAACUUAUUCUUAACGUUGGGUCGAUUAGGAGCCGUUGACUACAGUGCUCCCUACGAUGCCGAGGUGAGUUGCUUCAUGGUGCGCACCGACCCGCCGGCUCCCCAGUGGCUCUCCCUGGCCCUGCCCUUCCAGGGUGCCACAUGGGCCACGUUGAUGGGCGGGGUGAUGGCCGCUGGCCUCGUCGUAUUCUGCCUCGCCUCCCUCGGUGCCCGAUGCGGCGGAGGAGAGGUGAAGAGCUUGGAGUCGCUGGUGUUCGCCUACUUCUUCUCCUUCUCGAUGCACUUCAGGGACCCGCAAGCGGUAUUACCCCGCAGGAACCACAUGCGUAUCUUCGUCAGCUUCCUGGGGCUGUACGCCAUCAUCAUCACCACCGCCUACAGCUCCAACCUCACCGCCUUUCUUACCGUAACUCGCAGCCCUCAGAGCAUGGACACGAUCAAGGAGCUCUGCGACUCUGAUAUGGAGAUCUCCGGCCUCGGGGGGUUCUUCAAGGGCGCCCUGGCCUCUGCUGUUGAUCCGUAUCUUCAGAGGCUCGGGGAUAGGUUCGUGGGUUACCAGGAGCUUGAGGUGGUCUGGCCCAAGGUGAGGAAGGGCCGAGCUGCCUACCUCCACAACCGCCAGUUCCUGGAGUUCGUCAUUACUACUCACUUCAGCAGUCAGGGCGUCACCAGUAUGAGGAUCAUGAAGGAGUGCUUCGCCCCCUACAGCAUCGCUAUGGCCCUUCAGCACCACUCGCCCCUCAAGACCAACUUCGACCGUGUUAUUAGAUGGAUGAUCGAGAGCGGUUUGGUGCGACGGUGGUUCCUCCAGUCGCUCAGGUUCUCCCGCAAGGCACGAGAAAAAACAUCACACACGGAGGCAGACUCGUCUAAACGUUCAGGAAGCUUGGAUGAAGAAUCCCAAAGUUCAAAUAACGGUAUAAUUCAGCCACUAGGCAUCAAGCAUAUACAAGGAUUAUUCUUCUUACUGAUAAUCGGUUAUCUAUGCUCAUUGCUUGCUUUCCUUCUUGAGAAUUGUUUCAUAAAACUUUACCGUAAGCACAAGCGCUAAAAAAUCUGCCGAAACUCCAGUUGAAUGCUAUAACAGCAGUCUAGUUUUUAACACAAUUGAAUGGUAGAUGAUGUAGAUUACGAUUAAUUACGGUCUUUAUAUACUUUAUCAAAUCUCUAGUAAGAGAUUCGGCCUGCUCCCUUAUCGCCUUAUCAUUCACGUCUAUGUAAUCAAGAACUGCAGCCAACAACAACAACAACUACUACUUCAGGACGGCUAGACAAUAGCACCAGUCUCCCUCCUCUACCAGGGCCCGUCACCCCACCUCGCACCUGGGUCGCUGGGAGGCUACGCCCUCCCAAACAAGCAGUUCAAGCAGCCGAUUCCUAGUUAAAGGAGACUAUCAACGCCCUCUGGCCGGCCAAUAUUCUGUAUAUAUAGGGCUACCAAGCUCUCCAAGUUGUACGGGCUCACCAUAGCCCGUGCUACUUGAACUCAUUGUUCUCAGUAGCUGAAUCUAAAACAACAACAUCUCUCCAAGUUUCAGAUUACUCCUGUGUGCUCAGCUGAGUAGACCUGGUGACACGUCUCGGUGUGGUAACAGAUUUAGUCAGACUGGCUCAUAGUAUUCUGCAACAUAUAUUAUUUUGCACCUUAACGUAAUGUAAAUUUGAUUAUUCAUCUUGUUUGUUUUUGCACAUUUUGUAUUAAAGCUAAGCCUGAAUAUUAUUUUAUUUUUUGUAAUUUGUUUAAAGUAAUUUCUAU